CACUAGCAGCUUUCUCAAUACUCAAAGCAGACUUGAUGUUUGCUUGAGUCUAUUGCGUUCUUUUCGCCUUUGUUCUUCCAACAAAUUACUCUGACACCAUCAUGGCCCAUCAGUUUCCAGCUCAGCAUCAAGCGCAUCUGGGUCAGAUGCCACCUCAUCAGAACAUCGGCCAGCAACGACAGAACCCCAUGGCACAACAAAAUCCCAUGGUGCAGCAGAAUCCUAUGUCACAGCAGCAAGGUCUAACGGGCCAGCAAAGAGGCAUGCAAGGACAACAGCCGCUUCAAUCUUUCGCGAACUACGACCCGCAGUUAGCCCUUUUCAGGUUCGAGAAGCCGAAACGUGCUGACAGCUGGGAGGAUGUCGAAGCCGAACAACAACAUGUGGCUGUUCUGGAUCUUCAAAACGAAUUGAAAAGGUUCCAAAGAAACAAGGGCUCUGUCAAGCGCGAGCUCAACUUAAUUCCAUCGGCGAAUUGCCGACGAUUGAUCAAUGAGCUCGUCGAAGACCAGAACCAUGAGCUUGAGAGCAAGAACAGGACCCUGAAAUGGAACAUUGCUGUUAUAGACAUCGAAUGGAAGGAUAUCUGUCGCCGGCAGCGACAGCUCAAGCGUGUCUCAGUCAUUCUGCAAACCGGCCCCUCCGGUUACGAGGAUCCGAUGACCAUCAGGGGAGUAACUGUUGCAACCCAAAAAGGUCAGCCCCUGCAACCAACCCAGGGUUAUCCACAACAACAAAAUCUGGUCGGUCAUGAAAUCAUACAGCAAAGGAACGCUCAACGCCCAGCUCAGCAGCCUGUGGGGCACAUUCAGCAACAAGCACAACAUAUGUGGCUGCCACCGCCUCAGGCUCACCCUCAGCAUGGUCAAGGCGCUCCACCGCCGCCACCUCCACCGCCGCCACCUCCACCAGGCAUGCCAGGUCCGCCACCACCACCGCCGCCUGGUGCGCCUGGUGCACAUCUUUCACCUCCUCGACCUCCCCCGCCGGGUGCCAUCCACAGUAUGCCGCGUCCACCAGGUCACGGUCAACAACAACGACCAAUGCCUGGUACAUUUCCGGAAGCCGUCCACCGUCCCUCGAUGCGACAAGGUCAACUACCAAUCGGGAUCCUCGAUCCAUCUUCCUCCAAGAAGCAAAAGAAACACAAGGACCACCAUGAGGACUCAUCGUCUGGCUCAGAUUCGAACAGUGACGAGUGGGAUACUGAGUCCGGCGACUCGGGUCCUGAUCGCUUUCGUGUUCGCAAUGUUGAGCAUGGCCAGUUUGUCCACAUUGGCAAGCCAAAGCGUGGACGCUCGCGUCACCCGUCCCGAUCCAAGAAGGCUCGACGCAAUAAAUCGCUCAGCAAGGUCAGAAGCCGCAGCAGAAGCCAUACUCGGCCUGAAACACAGCAACUGCCACCAAUCCACAUCCACAUGAAUGCUUCCGCAGCCGAGAAGCCAACACGCGCCAAUGACCGUGUUCGUCGCAGUAGCUUUGGUGCCCCAUCACCAGACUACCGCAACAAGAAAGUCAGCGCGGAGUCUAUGUCGCGCGAAGGUUCGUGGGACAGACACAGCGGCACUGCCUCGCUGAACGACAACUCAUCUAUUCACACAGCAGAUGACAGCGUCUUCUCGGAUUCCGAGCGCCGUAGAAGCAUGUAUCGCUCUGACAUCAUCGAACAGCCGCCCAAGCUCAGGUCCCGCAAUCUGCCACACAGAAAUGAUAGCUUCGGCUACCCACAUACCAGCCACAUCUAUGGCGAAGUAGAGCCUCACCCAUGCAGGAGUACGCACCCCACCCCGGACAACUACCCUCAUCAACGCGACUCAUACUUCGACGGCGACUACAAUCCUGGGCCUGCACUACACCACUGCAGCAGCGUCCAGACGCCACAAGGAAACCCAUUCGACACUUCGCGCCACCCACCCCGCUUCGGACGUGCAAACACAUUUGGACCCGAGACACAGGACCCCGUGUACGCACAGCAAUACAUUUCAGAGCGACCCGUGCAGGACAACCUCCAGCUCCACGAGCUCCACGAUGCCAUCGAGCACAUCAGAAAGCAGCAGAGGAGGCCCCUGCACGGACGCACUCGCAGGGCAAGCGAGUACGAGAGGGAGAGAGGGGGCGCGUACGGAGGCUACGACAUGUAUGGGCGUCGUGGAUAUUAGUAAUCACAGGCGAAGUGAUCCGCUUCCCAUGUGAGGCAGUGUCUCAAGGAUAGUAUUGGGGUAUGGCGUCCGCACUGACUGGCGUUGGGCGUCUGUGUGUUUGGAUAUACGUUCACAGGCGUUUUGGGCUUAGGUGUUCUUUC